UGGACGGACACACACACACACACACACACACACACACACACAGAGCCUUUCUGACUUAGCCUAAGCCCCACUUGGGAGAUGAGCCGUCUUCUGUCUGCUCUUGGAACUGCGCUCUGCUGCUUCCCCGCCCAUCUGUGCUGUCAGCAGCUCCGGCAAAGUUUGUCUCCAACUUGAACGGAGCUGAAGACUCCAGCUUCCUGGAGCUCCACAGAGCAGCAGGCAGGCCCAGCCUCUGGACUCAGCUGGCCUGGAGAAGCCAACCCUGCCAGCCCCCAGCUGGUCCCUGCCCUCCUGGGUGACACGUCUGCCCCUGACCUAUAGGCCCCUAGGCUGGGCUGAGGAAUGGUGCACUGAGGUCCCUCUGGAGCCCCUCGUCCAGGUCUGGAGCUGGACCAGCCCAAGGCCCAGACCAACAUGGCCAACCCCGGGCAGCCUCAGUUUGCCCCAGCGCAGGGGCCAGGCAUCGCCUCACCCCUGGACCUGCCAGAGAUGGAGAAGCUCCUCACCAAGGUCGGGGGCCAGGAUGACAAGCCCCUGAAGCUGUCCAAGUCCCUCUCGGGGGCUUUGGACCUGGAGCAGAAUGGCCAUGGCCUGCCGUUCAAGGUGGUACCCGAGGGGCACCGGGAGCCCUCACUCGCCCUGUCAUCCUCCCGGGCCAGCUCGAGGCGGCCGUCCUCCAUUGCCACCACCUCCUAUGCCCAGGAUAGAGAAGUUCCCAAAGAUUACCUCAUCCUUGCCAUCGUCUCCUGCUUCUGCCCUGUCUGGCCCCUCAACCUCAUCCCCCUCAUCUUUUCCAUCAUGUCUCGAAGUAGUGUGCAGCAGGGGGACCUGGACGGGGCCCGCAGGCUGGGCCGCCUGGCCCGGAUGCUCAGCAUCACCUUCAUCAUCAUGGGGAUCGUCAUCAUCAUCGUGGCCGUGACUGUCAACUUUGCAGUUCAGAAGAAAUAAAACUUGGGGGCUGUGGGAGCAGAGGCAGGCCCCGGCCUCGGGAGAGCUCCAACCCGCACGCCCCAUGACCACGGAGGACAGGACUGUGACUGCCAAGGCCCCACCUGUCCCCCAGCUCCAAAAGCACCAACUUGGAGGAAACCCUCAAGUCACCCCAUUGUCAGUCCACAUCUAAUGGGAAAAACCAGAGGAAGAAAGGAAGGGAGGAAAUGAAACUGACUGUGAAACCAACAAAUAACGUGGUUUAGUCUCAUGGACAUAUCCCGGCAUUUUAACCUCAGGGUUCUGGCUGGUUUCUCAUCCCCACAAUUUCCUGGGUUCUACCAAGCAGCAUAUACUGCCAGAGUGAGAAGAAACCAGCCCCACAAACAAGACUACGGUGGGGAGAGAGGUAGCACCGUCCCUGCAUGUCUAAUGAUCAGGAGCAAACACGGGGGACUUUACCUUUUGUAUUUUUCUUGAGGCGGGAUGAAAGACUGUGUGCAUGUCUUGUGCCCCAUGCCUGCUGCGACCCCAGCUGGUGCUCUGAGCUCAGAGGCCAAGCUGCUGCUCCGCACAUGCCCUGGAACCCCUCGGACACACAGGAUGUGCAGCUGCCCUGGAAGAGGCCACAGCCACACUUAAAUCCUCCAUUGCAGGGUGGAGGCACCAAGAGGAAUGCUGGUGAAGGCAGGAACAGGGACAGCACAACCCAUGGACCUCUUCCUAAGCUUUUCAGCCUCAGGAGCAUCUCCCAGGAUGACCCAGCCUGCCUCUUGCUCCUACCUGGGCUGUAGCCUGGAGCACCAACCAAGAACUCCUGGGGCCUGACCCCACCUCCAGGUCAGCCAGUGAAGGGGAAUCCAUGCCUGAGCUCUCAUCCUGCCAUGGCCUCCUUGGAGGACUGGGAUACAAACCUGGGGAUACAAAUCCCAGUGGCCCACCUGGGGAAUAAACUCCAAUCUCAUGCCAAGGGGCUCAGGGCCCCCAUGCAAAGUGGCAGAGGGUCCUCAUGUAGAAUGGCUCAGGUAGGGCAUGGGCUCCCAGCCCAGCUGCAUCUGAUGCUCUGUGCCUCACCCUGUGCCCCUGGCCAUCCACAUACAGCAAAGGCUUCCCCUGGAGUCGGCUUUAGAACCACUGCUGGUGGGACUUCCCAUGGGCUCCCAGGACAUUAGGGGUGUCUGUGCCUCCUGCGGGGGCAGGGGCUGAAGAGUUUUUAAUGGUUUGUUGUUUAUUGGAUCUAGAGAUUCCAAGACAGAGGGAAGAGCUCAGCUGAAGGGUCCUGACUUUGGGGACCCCAGGUUUGGG